AGACAGAUAGUUAUAGAAAGAUUAAAGUCUCAGCCCGAAAUAAAAGGAGAGGCCAAGAAAGACUAAAAGAAGAAAUGCUGAUUAGCAGCAGCAGAGUCUCUCUUUCAGUAGCCACUGCAACUCUCAACCUUCCAAGCCCAAAUCGUUUUCACCCCCAAAUCCUCUGUUCUCGCUUUCUGGGGCAAAAAAAGAAGAUAUAUUACCUUUCUAAUCCCAUUAAAUGGAACUCUAGAAUGCAGGUUUCCCGAGCUUCCAAUCUCACGAUCCGGGCUUCGGCUCGGCCUCUCCCUCUCAAGAACGCAGAGGAACUCAUCAAUUCUGUCCAAACAUUCAUCCUUGAUUGCGAUGGAGUUAUAUGGAAAGGAGAUAGUUUGAUUGAUGGCGUCCCAGAAACUCUGGAUAUGCUUCGCUCAAGGGGCAAGAGAUUAAUUUUUGUCACAAACAACUCAACCAAAUCCAGAAAACAGUAUGGGAAAAAGUUUGAAACACUCGGUCUUAGUGUCAGUGAGGAGGAGAUAUUUGCAUCAUCUUUUGCUGCUGCUGCUUAUCUUAAGUCCAUUAAUUUUCCUAAAGAUAAAAAGAUUUAUGUAAUUGGCGAAGAUGGCAUAUUGAAGGAGCUCGAGCUUGCUGGAUUUCAAUACCUCGGUGGGCCGGCAGAUGGUGAGAAAAAGAUAGAGCUAAAGCCUGGUUUUCUAAUGGAACAUGACGAAAAUGUUGGGGCUGUUGUUGUUGGAUUUGAUCGUUAUUUUAACUACUACAAAGUUCAGUAUGGAACACUCUGUAUUCGUGAAAAUCCAGGGUGUCUUUUCAUUGCUACAAAUCGUGAUGCUGUCACUCAUCUAACAGAUGCUCAAGAAUGGGCAGGUGGUGGUUCCAUGGUUGGCGCUCUUAGUGGAUCUACUCAACGUGAACCACUAGUUGUUGGGAAGCCAUCUACCUUUAUGAUGGACUAUGUAUCAAACAAAUUUGGUAUUUCUAAAUCACAAAUAUGCAUGGUAGGAGACAGAUUGGACACUGAUAUUUUAUUUGGGCAAAAUGGUGGCUGCCAAACCCUUCUUGUUCUCUCAGGUGUGACUACUCUGUCCAAGCUUCAGAGCCCCGACAACUCUAUACAACCAGAUUUCUACACCAACAAGAUUUCAGAUCUUCUUGCUCUUAAGGCUUUGGCUGUUUAAGUUCAUAAAGAUUUUUUUUUUUUUUAAUAUUCAUAGGCAUACCUUUAAUCAUCAUUCUCUUAUUGGUUCUUCAUCAGCAUGUGAGUGAUCAAAAACCAUCAAAUGUCAUAUAGGGGAAGGGGGAGGAUGAAUGAAACUGAGUGCUGAUGUGUACGUAUUGCUUGAAAUAUAGGUGUAGCCCUUUUCCCUCUCUUCAUCAUAAUUGUAGUGUUUUGAUCUUAACUACAUGCAUGGAAAAUACUCUUUUUUAGGUGAUCUUUCACUUAA